AUGACGUCACGAAAGGCGACGACGACGCGCACGCGCGCGGUGGGGAUCAACGACGCGGAGAAACCGCCGGAAGAAACGGUGGCGGGUGUGGAGUUGCAACUCGGACGAGCCGCCAUGCUCGGGUUCCUCGGCACGACGGUCGGAGACGUGUUGACGCGAGGGGAUGGACCAAUCGAGCAGCUCGGCGAUGAGUUUUCAUACGUGGCGCGGCACGUCGUGAACCCGGUGGAAGUCGCGCGCGACGCCCUGGAAGUCGCAGGAUUUUACGUUGAAUCCGUGGUGUUGAUUUGGUUUCUACUCGGCGGCUCUUUAUUGCUCGGAUUUUGGCAAGGAGCGCGCAGCCCGAUUAAGACGGUUUCGGGAAAAUCAGCCAAGCAACGCGCCGAGGCGGCUUUCGGGGAAAUCGAAAAGGCGUACGAGACGACGGUGCGCGAGCAAAAGCCUUACGAGCUCUUCAACGGUCGCCUUGCCAUGCUUGGCACGGCGUUCGCGUUCGUUGGAGACGUCGAGACGGGUGGGUUGGGGCCUCUCGAGCAAGUGCAACUCGAAAGCGGCAUCCCGAUAAUCGACGAAGAAAUAUUUGCGCUUGUUUUCCUCGCGGGCGUGAGUUUCAACGUCGUUGCCACUGGCGUCACCGCUGUGCGCAGGGCGUACGUAAAAGGUCGCGAAUAG